CCAUAAUGCUUGGUGCCUCCUCUUUUAUGGGUCCCAAACAUUUUCUGCUCCCAUAAUGCUCGGUGCCUCGACAAUUAGAGGCUUGAAUGCCUCGAAUCAUUGUCUCUCUUCGUGGCCACACCCUCUCUCUCUCUCUCUCUCUCUCUCUCUCUCACUCUCCUAUUCAAACCCCAAACCCAAGCAGCUCAGGCUCUCUCUUCUCUUAUCCCUCUCGUCCUCUCGUUCGCUCUCAACGCUCUCUCUAUCGUCUUCAUCAAACUGCCGGAGCCCUCAUCACCACAUCGUCGUCAUCAAAUCACUGGAGCUGUCGUUGGUGCCUUGGACUCUCAUCACCUACCAGAAAAACAUCUCUCUCUCUCUGCUUUCCGAAGUCCAACAUUGGAACGAAUUGUGGAGCUAGUGUCGUCAUCAUCCUCAUCUGCGAAUUUGAAUAUGUGAGCAUGCUUAUUCCUUGUCUCAAAAUUUGGAUCCUAAUAGUGAGGAAAAGGUGUUUUACAGUUCAAGACUGGUUUGAUGUCUGUUAUAAAGGAUACAAUCUAUAACAGUACUAUACUGAGCAAAACUCAUACCACGAAGGAGUCAAAAACAAACUAUAUUUGCUCUUACCUCCUGCAUUAUGUUGAGAUGCAUGUCAGAUUCAUGUUGAACUGGAGGCCUGCACUUCUUGUGUUCUACCAAGGAGCCUAACACUCCUUUGGGUGGUGUUUUUUUUCAUUUUUUUUAUAUGAUUUAUGGGGUAAUCAUCUGAUCCUAGAUCCAUGGUUUUUCUUACCUGGACAGGUUUGAUUAGAAUUUAGAUUUGCUGUUUGCAGCAAAAUGGAUUGGAUUCUAACCCAACAUCUGUGACUGUUAUUUCAUCUGUUUAUGCUCUCUUGUGUAGCCUGCUAUAUAGCCUGUUCUUGUUUUAGUUGAGUUUUCUUUGAGAGCAACCUAUACUUUUGAUAUCUCAUUGUGCUCUAAGUUCCGAUAUUUAUAAAUUAUUAUCAAAGAUUUUUGGUUUGAUCACACCAUUUUCUGCACUAAACUGAUUAUUGUUUUAUUUCAACCAACUGAGCGCAUCACCAUUUUGUCCACGUACUAUUAUGGUGAGAAUCGAAUAGCCUCACUGUUUUCUAGUACUAUGCAGUUUUGUAUUCUUAUUAUAGCACAUCAUAUAGAAUGAAAGAACAUGACAUUAGUUGUAUACCUUUGGCAUUAAGACAUAAGACACUUUUAACACAUAGCAUUCUGUAAAUGCAUAUUGCCUGUUUCAUUAUUGCUUAAUUGCUCCAUACAAAUGAUCUCCUUAAUUUGAAUCUCGGUUGUUAAAUCUAUCCUGUUAUUUCUUAAAUUGUUAUAUGAGUUGAGUCAGUCUUAAGAAAUUGCUUUUGAACCGAUUGGGUUUGGUCCUCACUCAUUACAAGUGCUCUGAAUUCGGUGAUACUUAAAUUCGUUGGUACUUAAUAAUGAAUACACACCGAAUAGACCUGAGCGCUUUUUAUAUUUGAAAACAAAAGGAUCAAUACACACCGAAUGGACCUGAGCAUCCUUUAUAUUUGGAAGCAAAGGAGAUUAUUAUACAAAGAGACCUCUAAUUUUUUGUACCAGCAUGAGAUUUGAGAUGAACAUUGUUUUAAAAAAAUGGUCAAUGGACAUGACCCUCUUCUUAGGAUGUCAAACAACAAUAAUAUAAAAUGACUUGGAAAAAUUAUUCUGUUUUACAAUCAAUAGACGAUUGAUUAUGAUCUUCAUUCUUCACAAUUCACAUGAUUUUAGCACCAUCUUUCUCUGAGACCAAUUUUCUUAAUCGGUUCAGUAAUAACUCAGUCAUUUUGGCUUCUGAGGAGGCUGAGCCGAACAUGGCAAUUUUCGACACUGAACCUUGUACCCUUGUGGCCAAUGAUGUUUGCUGCUCGGAGGACUGCGUAACAAUCUUUGUCUUCUUCCCUUUCACACUUCAACCAUGCAUAAGCUGCCACCAUUACAAAUUCCUAGGCAUUAGAACUGGUCUUUAUACUAGAUAAGCUUGUUUUUUGAAAAAUGUUUUUAGCCGAAACAAACAGAGUGUCAAUGUUAAUUCUUUAUUAUCUAUUUGCAUUCCAAUUUCCGAGUACUUUUAGUCCAGUGGAUAUUAUUAGGCACAGUGAGAAAGAAAUAUAAAAGUUCUCAAAUGAGAAGAUUCUGAAUCAUAUAAAUGAGAAAAUCACCAGGAGAAGGUCCCCUGACUUGUUGGAAAAAAAAUGCAGAAUUGAGGUGGAAUUUCUUGAAUUACCUUUCUUUGUUAUUUUUUUUGUUAUCAAUAAAUAUCCAUAUAUCGUCAUGAAGUAGUUAGAUUUGGUGGAGAGCUAUAUUCAUCUUGGCAAUUGUGAUCUUGGCUAUAUUCAAGGAAUCCAUAUUUUUUAUUUUAUAAAUCUUUAUUCUUAAUCUUUUAGCUUGGGGAUGUUUUUCUUUUUAAAUUUCUUCACUGCUCUCUCCUCUUUUUUUUGGGAGUGGGGGUUUGAGGAAGCAUUAUGUUUUCAAUGUUUUUUGUUAUCAUGUCCUGCAAGUUUGGUCUAAGAUCUCAGUUUUAUACAUGUCCUGUAAGCUUGCGUCGAUUUGAAGCUUGGUAGCUCUCUGCUAGAUUUUGAAUGCCAUUUCAACGAAGUCCUUGAGAAAAAGAUGCGAUGAGUUGUUUUGUUAUGUAGGUAGAUAUAAUUCCAAUUACAAUCUGCUCAUUGAAUAGUUGAAUGCUGCAAACAAUGCUUGUGGCACUAGCCUUAUAAAUUAGAUUAAUUGCUACAAAAUCAAAAAGCAAAAAAAAAAAAAAAAAGAUUAUCAAACUUUUA